AUGGCGGGAGAGGACGAUGAAAAAGGGUUCACGCCACUUAUGAACCAUCAAUCUGACGAUGGGUCAGAUGAAAUCAGUUGCCCGAGAUGCAGGCACCAACGUAAGCCUCAGCACGCCAAAUGGUCCUCUUUAGGCUUAAAGGUCCUUCUCGUGGGCCUUGUGGCCGCCACUGCAAUUGUCACUGGCUUGGCGCUCACAGUCUUUGGCUGGAUAUACAACGAACACAAGUUUUUCACUGACGCCGAGCGUCACACUUGCAAUCUGCCGACGGACUCCAUAUUUGGGAACAUCCCUUGGCGAACGGUCAUCGUUGACAAAGAUCCCCGAUUCAAUGAUGUUACCGUUCCGGGUAAUGCAGGGGGAGAUGGCCUGAAUGAUGGCUUCGUGUGGAGUGACAUUAUACCAACAACCAUGGUCGCCAUCCAAGAUCCUAAGCGCUUUGGCCUAAGCGGUGGCGGCAAGGACUGGGAGAGCCCAGAAGAAUUCGAUGAGUCGACCGAGGCGUAUACAGUAUCCAUCAUGCAUCAGUUGCACUGCUUGGCCGACUUCAAGAACCAUUUCCUUACGUUCAGGAACACAAGCAUUCUUAGUGAGGGAGAUUUCGCUCAUUUAUCACAUUGCGUCGAGAUUGUGAGACGGGGCGUCAUGUGCAAGGCUGACCUGGCUCUGGAAACCCCCGACGACCCAAGCAUUUGGCCACGGCAGCAUGUCUCUGGUUGGGGUAACCUACACGUGUGCAGAGACUGGGAUUCGGUUAUGAAAGCCAUCAAGGAACAUGCAAUCACUCGUGGCACGACGGGAUGGAGAAGGAUUCGGGAAGACGAUCCACCUCUCAUUGUGGCUUAA